GCCAGGGCGUUACAUUUUGGGGGGGGGGAAUUCUGUGCGGGGUGCAAGGAAAAAGUGGCAAUAGCCAGCUUCCAGUGCGCGCUGGACCUCGGACACUCUAAGGAUCUUGGUGGCCUUAGGGCCAGGUCCUCCACUUUUGGGAGACAGCUCCAGGUCCCGAGCUGAAUGGGAAGAGCCUGAGGCCCCGACAGGCCCCCUUAAUGGUUAGAGUGCCUGGAGGGCUAGUGGCUGAUUCCGACACAAGAAUGGGGAGCACCCAAGGCGGGCCAGGGUGCGCACCAUAAACACCCCACUUGUUAACUGCGCGGGGGCCCAAGGGCCCUUCAAAGAGACCCCGCAGGAGAGCUCGCGUCCGAGCGUGGGCGGGGCUAGCCCAGGGGCCAGGCCCCCCACUAGCACGUUGGGGCAGCCCCCACAGCUCCUGGCCUUUGGGCUGAGGUAUUGGGUGUGCGUCUCCCGGCCCAUCAAUACAGAUUACAUAUUUAUAUCAAUCGUGGGCUCAGAGGGCGCCCUCGGAGAGCGGCCCCGCGCCUACGAAACCAAACUGGGAGUGGUCGCGCGGAAACUCUGGCUCAGGAUUGGCUGCGGGCACCCGCCGCGGUGCGGGGGGAUUGCUAAUCGUAUUCAGCAUGUUUUGCACAAGAAAUGUCAGCCAGAAAGGGCUAUCUGCUCCCUUCGCCAAAUUAUCCCACAACAAUGUCAUGCUCGGAGAGCCCCGCCGCGAACUCUUUUUUGGUCGACUCGCUCAUCAGCUCGGGCAGAGGCGAGGCCGGCGGCGGUGGCAGCGGCGCGGGGGGCGGCGGCGGCGGCGGCUACUACGCCCACGGCGGGGUCUACCUGCCGCCGGCCGCCGACCUGUCCUACGGGCUGCAGAGCUGUGGGCUCUUCCCGGCUCUGGGAGGCAAGCGCAAUGAGGCGGCGUCGCCGGGCGGCGGCGGCGGCGGCGGCAGCGGGGGCCUGGGUCCCGGGGCGCACGGCUACGCGCCCGCGCCUAUAGACCUGUGGCUGGACGCGCCCCGGUCGUGCCGGAUGGAGCCGCCCGAGGGGCCGCCGCCGCCGCCGCCCCAGCAGCAGCCACCGCCCCCGCCGCAACCACCCCAACCCCCGCCGCAGGCCACCUCGUGCUCUUUCGCGCAGAACAUCAAAGAGGAGAGCUCCUACUGUCUCUACGACUCUGCGGACAAAUGCCCCAAAGGCUCCACCGCCACGGCCGAGCUGGCCCCCUUCCCACGGGGCCCGCCGCCCGACGGCUGCGCCCUGAGCACCUCCAGCGGGGUGCCAGUGCCCGGCUACUUCCGCCUCUCCCAGGCCUAUGGCACGGCCAAGGGUUACGGCAGCGGUGGCGGCGCGCAACAGCUCGGGGCCGGCCCGUUCCCCGCUCAGCCCCCCGGGCGCGGCUUCGACCCGCCACCCGCACUCGCCUCCGGCUCAGCGGAUGCAGCCCGGAAAGAGCGAGCCCUCGAUUCACCGCCGCCCCCCACGCUGACUUGCGGUGGCGGCGGCGGGGGCUCCCAGGGCGACGAGGAGGCGCACGCGUCGUCCUCGGCCGCAGAGGAGCUCUCCCCAGCCCCUUCCGAGAGCAGCAAAGCCUCGCCCGAGAAGGACUCCCUGGGCAAUUCCAAAGGCGAAAAUGCAGCCAACUGGCUCACUGCAAAGAGCGGCAGGAAGAAGCGCUGCCCCUACACCAAGCACCAGACCCUGGAGCUGGAGAAGGAGUUUCUGUUCAACAUGUACCUUACUCGAGAGCGGCGCCUAGAGAUCAGCCGCAGCGUCCACCUCACGGACAGACAAGUUAAAAUCUGGUUUCAGAACCGCAGGAUGAAACUGAAGAAAAUGAACCGAGAGAAUCGGAUCCGGGAGCUCACAGCCAAUUUUAAUUUUUCCUGAUGAAGCUCCAGGCAAUGCCAUUUUUUUGGUUUUUUUUUUUUGUUUUCGCUGCCAGAGAGCCGGUCUCCUCCCUCUGUCUUCGGCCUCUGCCAGGAACUCGCACCUGUGCUGGAGCCCCAUCCCUCCCUCCCACACUCGCCAUCUCGCUGGCCGUUACAUCUGUGCAGGGCUGGUUUGUUCUGACUUUUUGUUCUUUGUCUGUUUGCUUGGUGCUGGUUUACUUGUGUUCUGGGGGAAAAAGCCAUAUCGUGCUAAAUUUCUAUAGAGAUAAAUAUUAUCCUAAAGUGUUGAGUGGUGACUGGGCCGCUUUGCUAUCUUGGGGUUCCUCUGCUGGAAAUGGCUCCUGUCCUCCCGGUGGAGCUGGUUUCCUGCGGGGGCGGGCAAACCUAGCCCGGAAGGCCGAGGUCCCAUUGUAGGCGCUGAGGUGUCUGGCCUGAGGUCAAUGGUGCAAGGAGCCGCCACCGGACUCGCCUGCCUGGAGUGCUGGGCUGUGUUUAAUCAGGGGACACAGGCCCCUGGCUUUCUUCUUUCUUUCUUUCUUUCUUUCUUUCUUUCUUUCUUUCUUUCUUUCUUUCUUUCUUCCUUGGCAAAGAGAAGGGCUUACAGGCAUGGAUAUGCAGGCUGGCAAAAGGGCUUGGCUUUGGCUGAUUAGAAAAUUGAGAGUCAGAAAGAUUAAUCUUUCCUUCCUCUGUAAGAUAUCCCAGCUUUAAAAGAAAAAAAGAAAAAAGAACGAUCAGGAGAAGGAAACUUCUCUUCCAGUUUGUGUAAGGUCUUGCAUUGUGGGACUAAAUUAUUUCACUUACCUCUGAAUUUCCAUACCCUUCUUGCUUUAGAUAAAUAAUCUAAUGUAGAUUUGUUUAUGCGUGCGGAUUUAGUGGGGGCUUUUUGUUAUUAAAUAAUUGUUACCACUGGUAACGCGACAAGCACACCACAAUUCUCCCUAUCUUGUGGAGAGUUUUCUUUCUCAUUUUCUUUUUUUCUUCUUCCUCUUUUAUUUUUUCCUUUCCGAAAUUCACAGAAUCCGAGGAGGGCUGGGGCAAGCGGAAUAGACUAGAGAAGGGAGACAUUGUUUGGGUUUCCUUUAUACUGUGAAGUUACAUGCAUAAAAGGGUCAAACCUGUAGGUGCAGAAAAAGAAAAAUUAUAAAUACAAAUCUGUAUAAAUGUCUAUUAUUAUGAAAAAUUGCCAAUCUUGUUUUAUGCAAAUGCAUUCUAUCGUUAUUAUAAAUGUUAGUUCUAGCUCUAUUUACUUCUAAUCUUAAAUCAGAAUAAAUUAAUAUUGUAAUGCUGCUGUGCGUGGAAAAAAAGACGAUGUUUAUGUUCUUAUAGAAGAAUAAAAGCUGUGGAAUGAAGCUUUUUAA